AUGGGAUCUGGUAGUUCUGUAAAUGCCAACUACAAGUACUCCCUGCAGAAGUCUGAAAAUGCUUUCAAGGCAGCCGUCUUGAUCCAACAGUGGUAUAGGCGCUACGUUGCUCGGCUGGAAAUGCGCCGACGUUGCACCUGGAGAAUCUUUCAAUCCAUUGAGUACGCAUGCGAGCAGGAUCAGAUCAAGCUUCACAACUUCUUCAGUUACCUCGUGGACCACUUCACACCAAGUAGCAGUAAAGAGAGGGAUUUUAUCAGUCGCAUGUUCAUAAGCGGGGAAAGCUUCAAAGAGGCAGAGCUGGAAAAAUACUGUGACUAUGAAUCCAUGGAGGUGCCAGACUCCUACACUGGACCCCAUCUCUCUUUCCCACUCCUUCCUGACCAUGCGACUGCCUUGCUGGAAGCUUUCAAACAGAAACAACAGCUCCACGCUCGCUAUGUCUUAAACCUUUUGCAUGAGACCAGGAAGCACCUCAAGCAGUUGCCAAACAUCAGUCACGUCUCCACCUGCUAUAGCGAGGAGGUCACCGUGUGCGGAGACUUGCACGGCCAGCUGGAUGACUUGUUCCUCAUAUUUUAUAAGAAUGGCCUUCCUUCCCCUUCCAAGUCCUACGUGUUCAAUGGGGACUUUGUAGACAGAGGCAAACAGUCCCUGGAGAUCCUCAUCAUCCUCUUUACCUUCCUCUUGAUCUAUCCAAAGGAGGUUCAUCUCAACCGCGGGAACCACGAGGAUCACAUGGUCAACUUACGGUACGGGUUCUGUGCGGGGCUGAUCGCGAUGUCAAGGGUGUGACUGCGAAAUCCCGCUGAACUUCCUUUCUCCUGUUCCUUUAGCUACGGUUUCACCAAGGAGGUAAUGCAGAAAUACAAGGUGCAUGGGAAGAAAAUCUUGAAGAUGAUUCAGAAUGUCUUCUGCUGGCUGCCCCUGGCCACCUUGAUUGAUCAGAAAGUCCUCAUUAUACACGGGGGCAUCUCUGACACCACGGAUCUGGACAUGCUUGAGAAAAUUCAAAGGAACAAAUUUAUUUCUGUAUUAAGAGGGAAGAAAAGAAAGGACUCCAAUAGAAAUGUGGAAAUACAGGAAUUAAAUGGGGAGAGCAAAGUAGAAGCUGACCCUGCAGGGAACGAGGCAGCCCCCAGUUUGUCUCUGCAGCCCCGGCCGGCCCAGGCUCCCAGCAUGUCCAACAGGCUGGAGUUUUCCAGGUGGGUCCGGCAGACGGUGCAGGAGCAAAUCGAGUGGUGCCGCCGGCUGGUGGACAUCAGCGAGUCGGAGUCGGAGGAGCUCACCUAUUCCAGCGUGGUCUCCUUGACGGAUUUGGAUGGGCCAUGCUGGACUCGCCAGGAGGAGUGGAAGCAGAUUUUAGACAUUCUCUGGAGUGACCCCAUGCCUCAGGAGGGCUGCAGAGUAAACACAGUGCGAGGCGGUGGCUGCUACUUUGGGCCUGACGUGACAGCGAAGAUCCUUGAGAAGUACAACUUGCAGUUCCUCAUCCGCUCCCACGAGUGCAAGCAAGAGGGCUAUGAGUUCUGUCACAACCGGAAGGUGCUGACCAUAUUUUCAGCCUCAAACUACUAUGAGAUUGGCAGCAACAGGGGAGCUUAUGUGAAGCUGGGACCAGACCUCGUCCCCCAUUUUGUUCAGUACCAAGCGAACAAGACAGCUCAUACUCUCACUAUGACCCAAAGAAUCAGCAGAGUAGAGGAGUCAGCCUUUCGAGCCUUGCGGGAAAAGCUCUUUGCUCACACCUCAGCCCUCAUCAGCGCGUUCAAGGCCUACGAUAAGGACAAUACGGGAAGGAUCACGCUGAGCAACUGGGCAACAGCAGUGGAGUCAGUCUUGCACCUGGGAUUGCCCUGGCGAAUGCUGAGACCGCAGCUGGUGCGCAGCACGGCGGACGGCAUGCUGGAAUACAAGUCCUGGCUGGACGACUUAGCCAUGGAGCAGCGGAGCCAAGAGCACAUCCAGUCGAGCUUGCUGGAAGUCAUUUAUCGAAACAGAUCCAACUUGGAGACCAUAUUCAGGAUCAUAGACAGAGAUCAUUCAGGUCUCAUCUCAUUUGAGGAAUUCCACCAAACCUGGAAGCUGUUCAGCUCCCACAUGAACAUUGAACUCACGGAUGACGGCAUCAACGACUUAGUUCGCAGCAUUGAUUUCAACAAGGAUGGAAACAUUGACUUCAAUGAGUUCCUAGAAGCCUUCCGCCUUGUCAAACAGUCCCAGUAG